CGUCAGCGCCGCCUGCACCCACCAUCUCCGCCGCGGACUUCAUGGCUCUCUCUCUCCCCAUCCCCCACACUACGAAAACUGCCCCCUUUCAUCUCCCUAUCCGAAUCCAAUUCAUUCCCCCUUUUCAACCGGACACCCCUUCGCCUCCCCUCAUGCCCUCUUCCUAUCCUUUCCAACUCUAACUUUUCCUCCUCCACGGAUGCUCUGCUUUACGUCUGUCGUUGUGCCUCUGAAGCUGGAGACAUUGGAAUCUCCGAUUUCGACGACCACGAAUCCCCCCACACUCACUUGCCUGACAAUGUUCCUGACACGUGGCACGUCCUUGGCCUCGGCCAAGCUAUGGUGGACUUUUCGGGAAUGGUUGAUGAUGAAUUUCUUGAUAGACUCGGAUUAGAAAAGGGUACAAGGAAAGUGGUGAAUCAUGAAGAAAGAGGUAGAAUUUUACGGGCCAUGGAUGGAUGCAGCUAUAAAGCUGCUGCGGGUGGUUCUCUGUCCAACACCUUGGUUGCCUUGGCGAGGCUUGGCGCUCAACCUAUUGGAGGACCUUCGCUGAAUGUUGCCAUGGCAGGCAGUGUUGGAAGUGACCCCUUAGGCGGAUUCUACCGAUCGAAACUUCGGCGAGCAAAUGUGAAUUUUCUUUCGGCACCAGUGAAGGAUGGAACUACUGGCACAGUUAUAGUUCUCACAACUCCGGAUGCUCAACGAACAAUGCUUGCGUACCAGGGUACGUCUUCAAGAGUAAACUAUGAUUCAUGCUUGGCUAGCUUGGUGUCCAAAACAAGUAUUUUAGUUGUUGAAGGAUACUUAUUCGAAUUUCCAGACACAAUCAAAACAAUUGCCAGGGCAUGUGAGGAGGCCCGCAAAUGUGGAGCUCUAGUUGCCAUUACAGCAUCAGAUGUCAGCUGCAUUGAGAGACAUUAUGAUGACUUCUGGGACAUCAUGGCAAAUUACGCAGACAUAAUCUUUGCCAACAGUGAUGAAGCCAGGACUUUGUGUCAUUUUUCCUCGAAAGAAAGCCCCAUCUCGGCCACUAGGUACCUGAGCCAUUUUGUUCCGUUUGUUUCAGUGACAGACGGCCCUAGAGGCUCUUACGUUGGUGUGAAGGGAGAAUCUGUUUACAUACCUCCAAAUCCUUGCGUGGCAGUGGACACUUGUGGGGCUGGGGAUGCCUAUGCAUCUGGCAUAUUGUAUGGUUUGUCGCGUGGUGUAUCUGAUUCGAGAAGUAUUGGUACAUUAGCUUCAAAGGUCGCAUCUGUAGUUGUUGCACAGCAAGGAACUCGGUUAGGGGUAGAAGAUGCUGCAAAGUUGGCUGAGUCAUUUGCAUUACGUUGCCAGAGUAAGAGCUAAGCUAGGUGGUCUGAUGUCAGUCCUGAUCAAAUUUCCGGCUUUUGGUCUUUUGUAUUUAGCCAAAGGAAAAAUCUGUUUCGUGCCAAUUCUUUGAUCCAUUGAACAAUUUUAGCCGUUUAUAGUUAUACCACUGUAAUUAGAUGACUUAUUAUUCUUGUGCUUUGAGAAAGAUAUGUAGGAGUUUAUCUCCAAGUAUCAGAAUGGUGCUAGUGUUUUAGCAA